AUAUUGCUGAGUGCGGCGUUAAACAACAAACCAACCAACCAAUCAUAAACGGAUAAACUAUUCGUUUUGAUGUCAGUAAAUAUGUCAUUGUUAAGUCGACAUGAUUUCCUCCAUGGCGUAGCAGACAACUACAUUCGUUAGCCUUCGGUACGACUUCGGCGGCACACGUUUUCCGUAAAGUUGUUCAGUGAUCAAAGUAAAUUAAAUAGAAAAAGAUGCAGGGUUACAAAAGUAGCCAUGUUUAAAGUACGUUUAUUAUCUUCUAAGUUUCAUAUUCAUUUGAAGUUGAAAAUGAUGGACUUCUACACUGAAACAGACACAUAUUGUUUCUUUCUUGUUGACAUGGACGAGUCCACUGUGACAGGAGGGUGACCCUGACAAUGUUAACUUCAUGUUAAUUAAUCACCUAAUGCAACAGCAGGACCAUUACGAGGCGGGGACAAACAAAUAGCCCCGUCUUAGAUGAUGUAAAGCGCCCAUGAAGCUGUCGGGAGCUCAGUAGUGUGAUGAGUUUAGUAUGAAGGCGGCAGCCACGCUCUUACGGGUUCUGACGGUGGUGUGUUUGGCGGCUGUGAUCAGUGGGCAUGGACGCAUGAUCGAACCCCCUAACAGGGGCAGUCUGUGGCGAGUUGGUUACAACGUUGCCAAAAACUACGAUGACAACGCUUUAAACUGUGGUGGCUAUCAGGUCCAGUGGCUGCUUAACGCUGGACGAUGCGGUCACUGCGGAGACGCCUACAGAGGCCCACGUGAACACGAGCGCGGAGGAAAGUACGCAAGUGACGUCAUAUCCAGAAAGUACACUUCCGGUCAGGUGAUAGACGUUACAAUUGACAUCACGGCCAAUCAUGGCGGCUACUUCCAGUUCUACCUGUGCUCACAGCCCCGACUGUCAGAGGCAUGUUUCCGUGAACACCCUCUGUACGUGGUCGGGGAGGGUUAUAAACAUAAACUGAGGACACUGAGGUCCCCCCUCUUCGAGAAGGUCCAGUUACAGCUUCCACGCGGGACGAGCUGCGACCACUGUGUAUUACAGUGGAGAUGGAACUGCGCCCAGAGUUACGGUAUGGACUGGGAGACAGGAAUCUAUUGUAAGGGGUGUGGGCAACAGGAGCAGUUCUGGAACUGUGCUGAUAUAGCCAUAGAACCACCUCUCCGGGUCCCUCGUCCGUUCUUCAAGAAGAUAAAACCGAAGCCAGAGCGCCGUGACAUCAACCUCAUGGACAACCCCGUCCCGGGGAUCCUGCACGUGCCGUCUAUGAAGAUGGCGCAUUUCCUUCCCUCUCCACCCCCAGUCGUGUUCCAGCAGACGGCAGGAGAGUGUCGAGGCUCCGCCACCUAUGGUAUCGCGCUUGAUGCUUGGUGUAAGCUGCACUGUCCACUGGGCUUCUGCCCACCUACACACUGUAGGUGUACGUGACGGGGGUUGAUGGAGCUAUGGUGUAUUCCCGUACAUUCAGUGUACUGACAUGAGUCAGUCUAUUUCAAACAGCUCCCAUGGCACAUAAUUAUGAAAAGAUUUCUCUACAGACAGACAGAAAGACACAUGUGCACAAUAUCAGUGAACGCCAUUUGUUCUAAGCUUGAAAACUUUAUCAAUAUACACAGAUAUUGAUAUUGAACUAUUAUUGAUCUUGAACGAUUCUGCAUGAUGACUCAAUGAAGUUUUUUUCAAUUAUAGUUUCCUUAGGUAUUUGUAAAAUUGAUUUUGCUCCGCAAUAAGUAAUAUAUAAAUAAGUAAAGAAAUAUAUCGUUGUGUUAAAAGACAUGCUUGAACGAAGCACUCCGUGUCGAAGGAGGCUGGCCUCCCACUUGGCAGGUCAAGCAAGAUGAUUCAAGUCAUUCUAACCAACUUCUACUUUCUGAUUACUUACAUUUCAUGAUGUAUACAAUGAACAACCUAGCAGUUAAUGGUUACACAAACACAAUAUGUACGAUCCCACAUGACGCCAUGUCUAGACUACAAUCAGGCUCCAGACCCUGUAACAUGUGACAUCCAUACACCUCGUAUCAACCCCUGACUGGUAGCCCUGGUUUUAGCCCCGAGACUGACUGAGAUAUACCAUCCUUAACUCUGCGUUCAGCCUCUGAAAUACUAUGGAGUUUCCCUGCGUAGUUCCGAAAUACUACUAUAAAACAUACCUUGAUGCCUUCACGCUAUAGCCAUGAAUGCAUCGAGACCAACGUUGAAAUUUUAAUAUGUAGGAAAAGAUCCCUCUUUACAAUAUUGCACAACCAUGUUGAACAAUUAAACAAUAAACUUUUGAAUUUAUUACCACGAACGUUUUAAUUAUCUAUAAAAUGGCGCGGUCUACAUCGUCCGAAUGUUGUCAGGUAUUCCAACUUGGACAAUUGGUGAUGAAUUUUUAGCAACUUGUUUUCUCGCACAGUCCCUCUUUCUUAUACAAACUAGCUAUCAAAGUCAAUAUGAAAACGGUCUAAGGUCACAAAAUCAGUUUUAGCCUAUCUUCGGGUCAAUUGAAAACAUGUUGUUGGAUUGUAAACAAAUUGACAGUUUAAGUUUGAUCAAUAUUCACAAUAACUUCUUUCAGACUUGCUUGAUAAAGGUGUUAGGAUCUACACCGAAACGUCGCACUAAUUGUAAUAAAGAAGUUGUUCAUC